AUCAAAUCGGAGGGAAUAGCUGGCAGCCAUUUGUCUGUUAUCUAAAAAACGAUUUCAAGUUCACUCUAGUGCACCGGCAGGUUAAAAGAGGAGAGACUGAAGUGAAAGAGACAGGGACUCGAUUCCAUAAAUUGAUCCUGAUUUGUACUGAAGGAUUAGCUGCUAUUUGAAUUCUCGUCUGUAUGUACAUUUUAUUUCAUUAUGGACUGAAAAGCAUUCCUACAUUAUUAAAUGUAGUGAACUGUGAACUAUCUUAUUUAUGAUGUCUUGUUUAUUGGGAUACAACACAGCCGUAGCCAUCCGGGUUACAGUAUUAUAGACUAUUUUAACAGUAUUAUACUUUAACUACAUGUACUUUAACAUGUAAAACUUCAUACACUAGAGUAUCAAAAUUGGCGACAGGUUCAUUGUCUAAUGUUGUGAAACGUUGGCCUUUGGUUGAAAAGUUUUAUUGUGCAUCUUGUGUUUGAAUUUAUCCGUGUUUCAGUGUUAAUUUUAACUUCUAAGGUUGAUAAACUUCUGGAACUAGCUUUAUUGUUUUCAUAUUUCACAAGAAAUAUACUUGAACGAUAUGAACAAAAAGGUUUUAACAUUAUAAACAGUAACAAAAUGGCAACAGGUUCAUUGUCUUCAGUUCCAAAACGUUUGCGUAUGGUUGAAGACUUUUCUUGCACAUGUUGUUUAGAGCAGAAUCUUACGGAAUCUGCAGACAUUUAUUGUGAACAAUGUUUAAGGUUUUAUUGUAAAAAAUGUGUUAUCCUGCAUAGUCAGUUGUUUACAAAACAUAUGACAUGUGGAAGGGAGGAUAUUAAGAAAUGGCCAGUUUCUAAGGCAGUGGAAGAUUUUCUCAGGAAGUGUGAGGUGCAUGCGGAUGAAUCACUGACACAGUUUUGCCAUGACCACGGUCAGCUGUGCUGCUCUGCAUGUGUUGGAACAAUUCACAGCCAGUGCAGUAAAGUGACCCAGAUUUCGGAGCUGACCAACUCGCAGCCCACAGGCCUAGAGGGGCUGUCAGUGGAGCUGGAAACUGUCCUGGGGGAAAUUAAAACCCUGCAAAUCAGUCAGAAGGCCAGCAUUCAGUCAUUGCAGAGAACAUACAAGGAACAUAGUGCAGUUAUGAUAGAGCAAAUGCUUGGCAAUUUAAAUACUUAUAUAGAUGAAUGUGAUAAUAAUUCUGUGGGUACAUCAGGCGGAAAUGAGCAAUAUUUAAAAGAAGAGAUGUGUAGGAGUGUUCUCUCUAUCGUGAAUGAAUUUGAUAAUAUUACUACGAAGGAACUUAACGAGAUGAAAGAUGAAGUUUUAAGUAUUAAAGAGUCAGUUACAAGUUCUAUUCAUAAAUGCACCACUCUUCACAAUGACUUGUCACAAUUCCAUGAACUUGUUCAGAAAAUUGGAGAUAAUAAGGAGCUCUGUCUUAUAGCCAGCAUAAAAUGUAAGCAUAUAAUACAGCAAGCAUUGACUCUGCUAGGAAAGUCAGGCAAGGCGUUUUACGUCCAGCGGAAGUCUGUGCACAAUGUGAGAAUACCAAGUGAUUCAGUUACAUGUGAUAUCUCAGGCAUAUGUGUUCUUCCAGACGGACAGGUCCUGGUUGCAGACUUCCAUAAUAAGAGAGUCAAGCUUCUGAGCCAGCAGUACCAGGUGGUGAGUCACUGGGAUGUGAAUGCUUAUCCACGGGCCAUAUGUUUGAUCACACCCAGUGAGGUUGCAGUGGCUGUGAAUGACCAGGAUAGCAGGAUACAUGAGGUCCAGUUUAUCACUGUCAACCAGGGAAAGCUUGUUCCUGGCAGGAAGUUUCAGUUACAACAUGAAUGUACAGGUAUUGCCCAUCACCUAGGAGACCUUUUUGUCACCUCUGGUCAAGAACUGUACAAAUACACACUGAGUGGCAAACUGAUCUGCAGACUCUAUGAAGCUUUUGGUUAUAAUGCAGGUAAGAAUCAUGGUGAAUCCAUCCUUAUAACAUUUAUAUUAUGUACAGGGAUUUUUCUAGCCAUUGUGGGAAAAGGAGUCUAGUCAAAUUUUGUUAUU